UCUCCUUGAAUGUCACUAUUCUUAAAGCUACUAUCUGUACUUAGUCCAAAAAAGCUGCUCUAACUUACCCAAUCAAUGGCCUCCGAGAUUGAGCUGUCCCGCCUUCCGAGCCAGCGAAAUGAAUCCGCCACUGAACAACAACUCGACUAUGAUCGGGAACACGAAGUCGAUGAAUCAGCUACACAUUACGCGCUGCCCCCGGUAGAUGGAGGUCGAAGGGCAUGGGCAUUCCUUGCUGGUGCUACCGUUGUGGAGAUGCUUGUAUGGGGAUUCCCUUACUCGAUUGGUAUCUUGCACGCGUACUGGAGUAAUAUCUUAUUCAAAGGCUACGGCGAGUCAGCAAUCACCCUGGCUUCCACUCUGCAGACCGGUUUACUCUACGUGAGUUGUGCCAUCUUUGGGCCAGUGUUUACCAGAUGGCCGAGAUGGGAGAAAACUCUCCAAUAUUUUGCUCUUUUCGCUUCUGCAUUGUCGAUGAUUGGGAGUGCUUUCGCAACGAAGCCCUGGCACCUUGUCAUAACUAACGGCUGCAUCUAUCCAUUCGCAGGAGCCCUCUAUCUUCCGUGUUGUACUAUUCUUUUCGAAUGGUUUGUCGCUAAGCGAGGAAUUGCUACUGGUCUUAUGUAUGCAGGUACUGGUAUCGGUGGCGUAGCAUACCCGUAUAUUAUGAGUGGCCUCUUGAACGGCGUAGGCUACAAAGCUGCUCUAGUAUCGAUGGGUAUAGGCUACGCCAUCCUUGGUUCCAUCGCCCUCAUUCCUGUCAACCGACGAGUCCCCCUUUCUCGAUACUAUUUUACAGAGCCUGGAAGGAGAAAACAAUUCAACUUUUCAUUCUUGAAAAGCUCAGUCGCUUUGACGGGUUCGUUGAUCAUCCUUUUCGUCAGCAUGGGUAACUUCAUCCCCACUGUCUGGCUGCCAUCUUAUGCCGACGACCUGAAACUACGUCACCUCGACGGUACCGCCCUCAUUGCCAUUCUCAACGCCGCCACUAUCCCAGGCAAUAUCCUCCUUGGCUACUUCUCUGAUUUUUCUAUCCGCGCUGUUAUCGUCGUCUCUUGCGUCGGCAGUGCUUUCGGAUGCGCAUUCUUGUGGGGUUUCGGGACGAAUGCGGCCAUGCUUGUCGCUUUUGCAAUCGUUUACGGUUUUCUAGGAUCAAGCUUCCAGUGUCUAUGGUCUAACAUGAUUAGUGUCAUUUCUAAGGACGACCCCAUUGCUCCAUCUCUAAUUUUCUCAAUCUUUGCCUUAAUGAGGGCUAUCGGUAACAUCACAUCUGGGCCCGUUUCUGGCGCGCUCAUGAAGCAUGACUCGUUCCCUGGCGCUGUUGGAGCUUAUGGUUUCCACAACUAUGGCGCCUUGUUGGUGUAUACAUCUGUAACAAUCUUUACCGGGGGAGUUACCGGUAUCCUGUUCAAAGACCGUUAGGGAAAAUCUACAUCUCCGAAAAGAUUUUAAACUCUAUAGAAAUCGAACGCUGUAGCAAUAGUAUGAUACCCCCAGCUGUUUGUUUACAUCGAACAAUCUUGAUAUACCUGGAGUCUCCUUGGUACUGUUAUGUAGCGUGCAUUAAAAAUAUUGGACGGAGAACUUACAUUUCUGUGCUAUUGAACAGGAAAUGUUGUAUUAUGUAUAUGUAAGAAAAAACAUGGAGGUACUAUGCGCUGUUUAAUACAGACAGAUAUUGCCAGCAUGUUGAAGAGUCG